AUGGGCGAGGGCCCAGAAAUCGGAGCUGCGGUGCAGCUGACCGACGCGAUCUUAUCAGUGCUGGAGCAGAUCCAGGCUUCGCCAGAGAGUGCGAACACGAAGGUCCGUGCCUUCGGACGCCUCAUCGAGGACCAGCGCUCUGCGCUGCACGCGCACGGCAUCGCCUCCUUUGCCGACUUCCAGGAGCUGUGCAGCAAUGCUGCCAGAAGUGAGGCCCUGGAACGGCUCGCAGCCGCCGAGGCGGCUUGGCGCCAGACGCUGGGCUCCCUGGAGGUGGAGGCCAACCGCGAGGUGCAGCGGCAGCUUCAACCAGGCGAUACCGCACCCGGCUUCGUCUUGCCGGAAAGAGGAGGGAAGGAGCUCUCUUUGCAUGACCUGCUGGACGCGCAUCACAGGGGCGUCCUCCUCAUCUGGUUGCGCCACUAUGGCUGA